AUGCGCAGCUCUAUGGUCCGCUUUGAGCGUGCUAGAAGGGAGAAGAAUGCCACUGCCAAAGAUCUUCAUAACGGCGAACAGCAACACAAGACUGUGAAAUUGCAGGGCACAAAUUGGAAGGGGCAGAGUAAGUUGAACAGACGGGAGGCUUUUGUCCAGCUACUUACACUUGGACGACAAAUGUACGCGGAUGCAUACGCACACGCACACCACAUAGAGCUAUUAGCAAAAACCUUCCCCAGGAUGCCACACGACAAACAGAUGCUCGAUGCAUGUGAGGGCCGCGACCCCACUUCCAUCGGAGACGUCCUCUCCCUCGAGCUUCCCAGCGUGGUAUGGCACAUCCACGAGGGCGUGCGGCGGACGGCGUGUGUAUGGGUACAUUAG